AUGACGGUGUAUCGUGUGCUAAGGAACCUGACCGGUGUGACUGUGUCUAUGGGUUCAUUUGUAAAAUAUCACGCGUUUUGGUAUCAAGCUAACACAUACAAAAAUGAAAGUAUCAUAUGUCUUGCAGCUGUUCUUUACUCGGCCGCGAGCAUAAUGGUAUUGUCUCAUAUUUCACCUAUUAUUUUGGAUAUCAUCGCACCCCUUAAUGAAUCUCGGCCAAUAACGUAUCCUGUGGAUGUAGAACUCCUUUUCGACCAGGACAGUCAUCCUAUUCUCAUUUCUGUUAUAUACAUUUUAUGGCUAGCGAUGAUUGGCGCUAUAUAUAUUGGAACAGAAUCAUCAACGAUUAUGAUCGGCUUACAUGUUGCCAGCUUAUUUGAAAUUACUAGUUAUUACUUCCAGAAAGCUGUUGCCAUAGAAGUAACUGACUCAUUUAUUUCACGGAAAUAUACGAAUAAUAAGAAUGUGAGUUAUUUAAUUAGAAGUGUGAUCAUGCAUAGAGAAACCAUUAAGUUUUGUGAUGAAUGUGAUGCCUACUUUAAGUUAUCAUAUACUCCUCUAAUAAUACUGGGUGUGACUUCCCUGAGUAUAAAUUUAUUUGUGCUAUCUCAAUCGGCGAUCAAUUCGACAAAUGUCGAAGAAAUACUCUUCUACUUCCUGCUAAUUGUAGGCGAAGUACAAUAUAUGUUUUUGAUGAAUUUUGCAGUUCAGUACAUAAUGGAUGGUUCCGAAAAUAUUUCUAUAACUAUGUACAUGUCUUGA